AUGGGUAAACAUCUAAGUGAUUUUACCUUUAUGCAAUGGUUAUUAGAAUCAACUAUAAAGAUUUCGCCUUUUAAUUUACUAUCAACAAAUUUGAAAUCUUCAUCUUUAAGUAAAUUAACAAAUGAUAUAGAUGAUUUUGAUGAAUGUCUUUAUCUUCUUGAUAGACGUCUUGAAUGUUUAUGUACAUUAAUUGUAUACAUAUCUGAAAUUACCAAUUCUUCAUUAAAUAUAAAUAAUACAAAAAAACUUCCAAAAUUGAAAUGUUUCUCACUGAGAUUGGAUUGGUAUACAUUUUUUUAUGACAAUUAA